GAAAGGUCAAGAAGAAAGAAAUCUGGUGUGGAACUCGCAGAUUGUAGAGAGUUGUGAGAUUGAGGAAAGUGAAUCAAUGGCGUCGAGAAAAGGAGGCAGCGCCGGCGAAGGGAUGAGAUCGUUGGAGUUGGAGUUGGAGAAGAUGAGUGUCGAGCAACUCAAAGCUCUCAAGGAACAAACUGAUAUGGAAGUCAAUCUCCUUCACGACAGCCUUAACAACAUUCGCACAGCCACUUCUCGCCUUGACAUUGCCUCCACUGCUCUCCACGACCUCUCGCUCCGUCCUCAAGGCAAGAAGAUGUUGGUGCCGCUUACUGCGUCGCUUUACGUUCCUGGGACGCUUGAUGAGGCCGAUAAGGUCUUGGUAGAUGUAGGCACGGGAUACUUCAUUGAGAAAACAAUGGCUGAAGGAAAAGAUUACUGUGAUCGAAAGAUCAAAUUGCUGAAGUCGAAUUUUGACCAACUAAUUGAGUGAAAGAAGAAUGGUGAGAGGUUUUUCCUUUGGUAGGCGUUCGGUUGAGGUUAUUCUUCUUCAGUAUGCAGAUGAUAUGUUGAUCUUUUGCUCUUGGAGUGUGGGGAAUUUGAGGGCUUGUUGGUCGGUUGUCAACUUGUUCCUACUGGGCUCAGGUCUUUCCCUAAAUGUUUCCAAAACUUCCCUAUUGGGAUUAAUUUGAGCCCCGAUAAGCUUGCUACUAGUGCGGAUUUUUUGGGCUGCAAAGUUGAUUGCUUCCCUUUUAUUUAUUUGGGCUUCCCUCUCAGAGGAAGAAAUGCUUCUAAGGUGGGGUGGAAUGCUCUUGAAGAGAAGUUCAAAAAGAAAAUUGAUAAAUGGUGCGGUUUGGUCCUUUCUAAAGAAGGGAGGUUAACUCUUGAACAAUCGGUUAUUAACAGUUUAUUGUGUUAUUUCUUUUCUUUGCCGAAGGCCCCUAAGUGUUAUAUCAACAGGAUGGAGAAGAUUAUUAGAGAUUUUGUGUGGGAUGGUGGGAGUUUUAAACUGGCUUCUCAUCUUGUCAAGUGGCAGUGGUC